AUGCGAUCCAAGUUCAAGGACGAGCACAAACUAGAGAAGCGCAAGGCAGAGGCCGACCGCAUUCGACAGAAAUACGCUGACCGCAUUCCGGUCAUUUGCGAGAAAGUCGAGAAAUCUGACAUCGCUACCAUCGACAAGAAGAAGUAUCUCGUGCCCGCAGAUCUGACCGUCGGUCAAUUCGUCUAUGUCAUCCGCAAGCGAAUCAAGCUCAGCCCAGAAAAGGCCAUCUUCAUCUUCGUCGAUGAGGUACUGCCUCCUACUGCUGCUUUAAUGAGCAGUAUCUACGACGAGCACAAGGAUGAGGAUGGAUUCCUGUACAUCACAUAUUCCGGCGAGAAUACCUUCGGCUGGGAAGAGCUGUAA